AUGGAUUUAUUACUUAAUUUAAAUCAUCUACAAAUGAUUAGAAAUCUUGAAGAGUUGGAACUCGAAAGGAAUGAUAAUCGACGAUUUUAYAYCGYUGAAAAUGCAUUGGACGAUUUAAAUGAUCGUCAGUUCAUCAAAAAGUUUAGACUACCUAAACAAAACGUCCGAGAUCUUAUACAUGAACUAUCUCCAUUUAUGAUCCAUCCUACUAGACGCUCUGCUAUUACUAUCGAACGAAAGCAAGAUAUUGGCGAAAAUAGAGCUUCUUCGAUGAGUCAGUCAGCUGUUAAUCAGUGCAUAACAGAAGUUACCGAAGCUGUAAAUCAACCGCUAGUUUUCAGUAAACAUGUUUAUUUUCCUAGAACUAUAGAAGAGUUGAACAUUGUCAGGCAAAAAUUUUUCGARAAGUAUAGAAUUCCUGGUAUAGUAGGAAUUGUGGAUGGUACGCAUAUCGCUAUUGUACCUCCUAAGAGUGAGGGUAUGUAUCCGGAGCAUAAUUACGUCAAUUGGAAAAAUUAUCACUCCAUUAACACUCAGUUGGUAAGAAUAAUCCUAUUACAAUUAUUAGAUAGAUAG